CCAAUUUUGAGGAAGCCCCGGAUGUCUCGUUAAGUUCAUGGCUGUGGGAAGAGGUUUCCUGGUUCUGGGGCUCCUAGAGGGGUCUUUUCGGUUGCUGGAGGGCUGCCGUAUCCUCCAGUGAACAGGUUCAGGAGCUCUUUGCGAGGUCUGAGCGCCUCUCCGAUAACCGAGGGACUGUUGCUCUCUACCUGCCGGUGCUGACUGCCAGUUUCGCAUGUUAUUCUUUUAAGUUGAUCUGAGAAGGCCCACUUCUUGUUCGAGGGAUGAUGGCAUUUGAGCAGAUACCAAAAAAGGAUUGGUACAGCAUUCUGGAGGCAGACCCAUCUGCAAGUGUGUCAGACCUGAAGCAAAAGUAUCAAAAACUCAUAUUAAUGUAUCAUCCAGAUAAACAAAGUGCAGAUGUACCAGCAGGAACAGUGGAGGAAUGUAUACAGAAGUUCAUCGAAGUUGAUCAGGCAUGGAAAAUUCUAGGGAAUGAAGAAACAAAAAAAGAGUAUGACCUGCAGCGGCGUGAAGAUGAUCUAAGAAAUAUGGGACCAGUAGAUGCUCGAGUAUAUCUUGAAGAAAUGUCUUGGAAUGAAGAUGAUCAUUCUUUUUCUCUGAGUUGUCGAUGUGGUGGAAAAUACAGUGUUUCCAAGGAUGAAGCAGAAGAAGUGACGCUGAUUUCUUGUGAUAUGUGUUCACUAGUUAUAGAACUCCUUCAUUAUCGCUGAGAUUGUUCACUAAGUGGAAUUCUUUAGUGUAUUCAGACACAUGGAGGAAAAUCUACUCCACCUUUGUCCAUUCAGGCAAAUGUAUAAAGCUGAUUAAAAAAAAAAGGAUUCUUUUUUGUCAGCUCUAUUAUUUGCAGAAAAAAUAUAACACUGUCGAAGUCCACCUAGAUUAAUAGAAAAUUAAUUUCAUUAUUCAUAUGUAUUUACAUUUUAUAUUUACAGAUCGCUAAGAAAGGGGGCUUGAAUUAAAAAUUAUAUUUAGUGAAUUCCCAUCUGAGAAGUUUAUUAUUGGUGCAUUUUCUCCUUGGUACAAAAUAUAAGAAUUUUCCUUUCUUCAUAUAAGUGUGUCUCAUCUUUUAAUGGGUCACAGUAUCAUCAUAUUCCUUUAUAGUUGCUAAGUUUUUGAAGUAACAUAUUUCUAGCUGCUAAAGUUAUAGGCCUUUUGUACAACUAUUUCAAAUCUCAGGUCAUUAGAAUUAAGUUAGAAUCUUCGUGAAUAACAUGUGAGCCUGGCUCUCCCAUGAUGAAGGCUGGAUAUGGAUAUUCAUGAGUUAUUUCAAAGUUAGUAAAGUGAACUGGCAACCGGAGAAAGAAGGAGAGCCUUGGAGUCAGAAAACCGUGGCCACUGCGUUGCUGGUAUGGUGAAGUGGACUUUUUUAAUGUGUUAUUAUUGAUUAUAGUAAAGCUUUUAUUUUUCUAUAUAUUUAAUAUUCUAUGGACCGUAUGAGUCAGAACUCAUUUAAAAAAUUUUAAGGAAUCCUUUAUGGGAUCAUUGAAACAUUCUUCCUUAAUUUCAAAUGAGUAAGCCAAGCAUGUGACUUAGCAGCUUUUCAUUAGGUCAGACUCUUGGUUUAUUGUUGGUGUGGACUUAUAAGACUAGUUAGUACUCUGCCUUGUAAAUGUAGCUAAAGUAUGAGGCAUAUUCAAGAGGAGUAAAUUACUUUCCUUAUACCUGUACAACCAAAAAUUUGAAAGUGAGGUUGUUCCAGGUUUUCCCUAAAAAUAUUUUCGUAUCAGAAUUUAGACGACUUAUUUUGGAUUACACUUUUAUCCAUAUAUUUUGAACAAAUAUAGCUUGCAAGAGUGGGUGUUGCUUAUUCUUUACAUUUAACAAUUAAAAAUAACUCAAACUGAAUAGCAAAUAGUUUAUUAGUAAGUACAUGGUUUCAGUGACAAUAAAUUCACUUUAGCAGAAGACAAUAAUCAAAUCAAAAGAAUAAAUGCUUGCUAAUCAUCAGAGAAUCUGUGGCCAUUAGGGCUGUCACGUAGAAAUCCAAAAUCACUCAGAGGCCAAAUCUGUAAAAUCAAAAUGUGACUGAAGACAAUUAGUAAAGUGAUAUUAUAGCAUCAUCACAUUCCCUUCUUUUUCUCAUUCAUCCCUUUCUCUAUGCCGUAUAAUUAAAUGCUUUCUCCUUAUUCAAUCAAGAACAAAUUUUCUACUUCAAAAUAAGACUGUAGAAAGAAACCUGUAUGUGUAUGUAUUUAACCUCUAAAGUUUGGAACAUUCAAACAUUAAACUAGAAAAUAGUACGUGUGUAGUGUGUAUAUGUUUGUUUUUUCUUUCAGUAUCGUCAGAGUUAACUGUAAACCUACGUACUUGAAUAUAACAUCUGCUUAAGUGUAAAAAAUCCUGUAAAUUAUCCAACAGCCCCAAAUACUCAUGUCUGUUUUUCUCCUGACUGCUUGUGGCAAAAAGGAAAAGCCAGUGAAAACAAUAAUCUUUACUAUUACAUUUACUACAACCAUGAUAAGUGCAUUACUCACUAUACUUAACUGGGCUAUCCCUGCAUUCCAGCUAGUUGCUAGAUUGCUCUUCUGCAAAUGCAUAUAUAUUAACAUACGCCCUGGGUAUGAAUAUGGUUGGAAAAGUUGUAUGAGAGAAAAGUAAAUUUUUGGAGAGUCAAAUUAAAAGCUUCUUAUGCUACAA